UGUCACUGAGCUAAGAUGGUGUUCCAUGGUUCCUGGUGUGUCCUGGCUGUCUGUCUUCUGUCCUGGGAGCUGGGGGUUCUGGUCCACCAGUCAGAAUCACGGCCAAUAGGUCUUUUACUCUUGUAUAACAGCGAGGACCCCCUUGAUACAGAUGAAAUGAUGGUUGAAUUGGAAUCACCUCGAAUUCAUUUCUUACCCAAGGAGCUUUGGAAGAAUGUGAAGGAGGAUAUGGAGAACAAGGACUUGAAUGCCACUUCCAAAAUGUGUGAGCUUCUUGCUAAGGAUCCUAAAUUUCAGCAAGGCUACAUUGCUGUUACAUUUUCCACAGGAGUCUACAUCUUGAAGAGAUGCCCAAUAACACCCUUGAUAGGUUUCGCCCUUGACGGCAGAUAAACUUUAAGAAUGAUGAAGCAACUUUCUGCGAUCUCAAAUCCAGUGAUUUGUCCCAACCCACAGCAAGUGCAAAGCAUCAUGAACACAGCAGUGCUCUGCACCCCGUUGUGACUCUUGAGACACAACCUAACUGAAAAAGCCAACCCUGUCUGCAAAGAAGAACUAGCCACCUGCUUAAGCACACAGCCCCCUUCCUCUCUCCUCCUAGCUUGGUAAAAGGGUCCUAGUCUCUAAGAGAGGCAUGCUUGCUCAUGUGAGCUCUUCCCAGGUUCUCUGAAAUAAACCUGCCUGCAUUUGAGUCCAGUCCUCUGACAUCUUUUUCCACAUUGCUUCCUAACAUAGUACUCAAUCCCGGAAAGAGAACUUGGAGCAGGAGCCCAUCUAGCAACCCAGGGAGCAGGUGCAGCAGCAGGGCACCCAGGGCUAACCCUUGAUCCUGAGGUGUCCCUGAGGCAGUUCCACCCUGUGUCUGAGCCUCCCCUACUCCUUCCCACUCACCCUCCCCCUGCCUGCUCCUGGCAUGGACACCUCUCCAAACACUUGGGCUUGUUUCUCCAACUGCUCCCUUGUUAAUGCACCUGGCUCUUCUCUUGUCUCUACCUCCUUCCCCCAAACCUCUGUCCCCUCCCCUACUUCUUGCCCAAUUGACCCAGAAAAAAAUGAAGAUUAUUCCACCCAGAGUCAGACAUCCAACCUGAGGCCAUGCUCUGACCCGUGAGGUGAUGAGUGUCUUCUGUCUGGAUGAAAUUUGGGACUCCCUCAUCUUCCCUGUGCUCAACCCUUCUCCCCAGGAGAGGAUCACCAUCUCUUUUAAAGCUAGGGAUCCCCAUCUUCUAACAAACACCCAAACUUCUCACCCCUCCUGGCUUCUCAAAACUCACUUCCAGGGAUUGAACUCAGGACUUCAUGCUUAGCUGCAGCUGCCUUAACCACUAAGCAGAUUCUAUUUCAGCGUGUGUGUCCUUGUGAGAAAUUAGGUGAGGUCCACAGAGACAGCAGCUCUUCAGCACUGUGCUUCAUGGAAGAAGAGGCUGUGGAAGGAAGACAGGACUCUGCCUUGUGUCGGGACUGGGAAUGGAGACUUGAUUUUCAUCCAGGGCUAGUCAUGGCAGGUGGUAUUUGUUCUGGAUCUUGAAGGAAAGCGAAGAUUUUAUGGGUAAAGAUGAAAUUACAGAGGAGGAAGCUUUAGCUAGUGAGAGCAGGAGGAAGGUGUCUUAUUAGAGAUCCAGUCAGGGCUUCCAGACUGUCAUGGUCAUGGAGGGCAUGUCUUGAGUAUAGCAGAGAG